AUGUGGUUAUUAUGUGGUGGGGGAGGGAAGGAGAGUUAUCUAUCCGUUAUCGACCAUGGAAGGGUUGGCGUUGGCGGUUCCAGUUGCGCAAUCACAACUGUUGCCGUUUCCCACAGCUUAUACAGGGUUUGUCUCUCUCAAACGACACCGUGGACGCGGGUUUCGUUUUCGGACUUGGUUAUGUUCUCAGGCUCAAGGCGUUCCUCUUCCCGAACAAGUCACUGUCCCAGACACAGAGAAUUCCUUGACCGGGGAUUCCAUUCGGCAGAGAUUUCUGAAUUUCUAUGCUUCCCGCGGUCACAAGGUUCUUCCCAGUGCUUCUCUUGUCCCAGAUGAUCCCACUGUUCUACUCACCAUCGCAGGGAUGCUUCAAUUCAAGCCUAUCUUCCUAGGCAAGGUUCCAAGACAAGUACCUUGUGCUGCUACUGCUCAAAGGUGCAUCCGUACUAAUGAUAUCCACAAUGUUGGCCUAACUGCCAGACAUCAGACAUUCUUUGAAAUGCUUGGAAACUUCAGCUUUGGUCAUUACUUCAAAAAACAAGCUAUUCUUUGGGCAUGGGAGCUUUCCACCGCAGAGUUUGGUUUGCCUCCAGACAGAUUGUGGAUUAGUGUUUAUGAAGAUGACGAUGAGGCUUUUCAGCUCUGGUCCGACGAGGUCGGUGUCCCAGUUGAGCGGAUAAAGAGGUUGGGAGAAGAGGACAACUUCUGGACUAGUGGAGUGACAGGUCCUUGUGGUCCUUGCUCAGAAAUUUAUUAUGAUUUUCAUCCUGAGAGGGGAUAUGUAGAUGCCGAUCUCAAUGAUGAUACAAGGUUUAUAGAGUUCUACAACUUAGUAUUCAUGCAAUACAACAAAAAAGAUGACAGUUCUCUUGAACCUCUAAAGCAGAAGAACAUAGAUACUGGCCUUGGACUGGAGCGUAUGGCUCGUAUUCUUCAAAAGGUUCCAAACAAUUAUGAAACUGACUUGAUUUUCCCCAUCAUAGAGAAGGCCUCUAAAUUAGCAAAUGUUUCAUAUGGUAUUGCCGAUGAUCAGACAAAGAGAAAUCUGAAAAUUAUAGGAGAUCACAUGCGUGCAAUUGUAUUUCUCAUCUCUGACGGAGUUGUCCCAUCAAAUGUUGGGAGAGGUUAUGUAGUUCGGCGGCUUAUUAGAAGGGUUGUUCGUACAGGCAGGUUGCUUGGUAUAAAGGGUGAUGGUAGGGGUGACCUUGAAGGAGCAUUUUUACCAAUUAUUGCGGAGAAGGUAGUGGAAUUAAGUACACACAUUGAUGCUGAUGUGAUGAACAAAGCAUCUCGUAUCUUUGAGGAGUUGAAGAGAGAGGAGCUUCGAUUUGUGCAGACUCUAGAGAGAGGAGAAAAGUUGCUCGAGGAGAAACUUUCUGAUGCUUUAUCAAGUGCAGAAAGAAAUGGAACCGUGCCUUGCUUGGCUGGUGAAGAUGUGUUUCUUUUGUAUGAUACUUAUGGAUACCCAAUGGAAAUAACAAAAGAAGUGGCUGAAGAACGUGGAGUGAGUAUUGAUAUGGAUGGUUUUGAUAUUGAGAUGGAGAAGCAAAGGCGUCAAUCUCAAGCUGCACACAAUACUGUCAAACUUGACAUUGAAAAUGGAGAAAAUAUUGCAGAGAAUGUACCUGACACUGAAUUUAUUGGAUAUGAUAACCUUCAUUGUAAAGCAAUGAUAGAAAGCCUAAUGGUAAAUGGAAAUCCAGCUCCACAGGUCAGUGAAGGGAGUAAUGUGGAAGUUUUACUGAACAAGACUCCAUUUUAUGCUGAAUCAGGGGGUCAAAUUGGCGAUCAUGGUUAUCUAUAUAUUUCAAAGGGUGAGAAUCAACCAAAAGCUGUUGUGGAGAUAUUAGAUGUUCAGAAAUCUUUUGGCAACAUAUUUGUUCACAAGGGUACAGUCCAAAAGGGUGUUGUAGAGGUUGGCAAAGAAGUUGAAGCAGCAGUUGAUGUGAAGCUGAGGCAGCGAGCUAAGGUUCAUCAUACUGCUACUCAUUUACUACAAGCUGCACUUAAAAAGGUUAUUGGUCAGGAGACCUCACAAGCUGGUUCACUGGUGGCAUUUGAUCGUCUCAGGUUUGAUUUCAACUUCCACCGACCACUUCGUGACAGUGAGCUUGCUGAAAUUGAAGUGCUAAUAAAUGGAUGGAUUGAGGAUGCAACGCAACUUCAAACCAAAGUGAUGCCUCUUGUUGAAGCAAAAAGUGCUGGGGCUAUAGCAAUGUUUGGAGAAAAAUAUGGAGAAGAGGUACGUGUUGUAGAGGUUCCUGGUGUAUCGAUGGAACUUUGUGGUGGGACUCAUGUCAGUAAUACUUCCGAAAUUCGUGGUUUUAAAAUUAUCUCAGAACAGGGUAUUGCAUCUGGAAUCAGACGUAUCGAAGCUGUAGCUGGGGAAGCUUUCAUUGAAUAUAUCAAUGCCCGAGACUUUUAUCUGAAGCAGCUAUGUUCCACUCUCAAAGUUAAACCAGAAGAAGUGACAACAAGGAUAGAAAACCUUUUAGAGGAGUUAAGGGCAGUGAGAAAUGAAAAUUCUGCUGUUCAUGCAAAAGCAGCAAUCUACAAAGCUUCAGUCAUUGCAAGCAAAGCAAUGUUGGUGGGGAAUUCAAAACAGUACAGGGUACUGGUUGAGUGCUUUGAUGAUGCUGAUGCUGAGUCACUUAAAAGUGCCGCAGAAUAUUUACUGGAAACACUAACAGAUCCAGCAGCUGUGGUACUGGGCUCAUGUCCAGGUGAAGGGAAGGUUAGUCUAGUUGCUGCUUUUACUCCAGGGGUGGUUGAUCAGGGGAUCCAGGCAGGCAAGUUUAUUGGACAAAUAGCAAAAUUAUGUGGUGGUGGAGGAGGUGGAAGGCCAAAUUUUGCUCAGGCUGGUGGGAGGAAGCCUGAAAAUUUGGCAAGUGCCCUUGAUAAGGCUCGGUCAGAGCUUAUAGCUACUCUAUGUGAAAAAGGGAAUUGAAUUUAAACACACUUAGCAGAUCUUUUUAUGCUAAAGCAACGGAAAAUAUUGAUUCUCUGUUGUCGAAGAAUACAUCACAAAACAAUUCACAAGCAAAAGGGGUGGAAGCUGAAGUAACGAGUUUCCUUGCAUUUCCAGUUGGGGCGGCACGUAAUUAUAGAGCAUUUGUUCGUGUGACUUUAUUCUCCUGACACAACCUGGUCUGCAUUCACACAUUCCAACUUGUCAUCUCAGAUUGGAUGCAGGAUGUAAGUGCAAACACUGUCACUAUAUAUAUAUAUAUACACACACACACAACACACAAGAAAGAUAGUUUUGAGAAUGAAAGACGGCUAGGUGGAUUCACUCCUUUCUCUCUUGAUUGCCUUGGAGGAAGUUGGGACCCCAUAGAAUUAGAAGUGAUACAACUGAAGGUUAAGCUGUUUGGUGAAAGUAAGUGAAUGAUGUUAUGUCUAGCAACUUGACCGCCAAGAAAAUUGUCAAUUGUUGGGGGUGAAACGCUACUUAAAAAAAAGAAAAAGAAAAAUAGAUGAUUAUCGUGGAUGUGAAAUUGUGUUAUAAUAAACGGUAGAUGAGAAAUUGUGUCAUGUCCCAAAAUAUGGCUUAUUUUAUUAUGACAAAGUAGCUUCUACCUUCA